GGUUUUCCCUGCACCGCUGAAGCAACAUCAGCCGAGGGUCUCUCUCUCUCUUUCUCUCUCUCUCUCUCUCUCUCUCUCUCUCUCUCUCUCUCUCAGUUUCGUGGCACCACCCUGCUCGGAGGGCGCUGAGCGCGCAGCCUCCACUCCUUUGACAUCCCCUCUCUCCUCAACUAAACGCGCGCGCACUCCCAUGGCAAAAUCUGCGUUGCACUUCAAAGCAAAGGGAGAAGACCAACAGAAACCAGGAAACAACAUCAGUAACAUUCGAAAUUUCACUCGACGGAGCUGGUGAUGAAGAGCAGGAGGGUGCGUUAGAUUGGGCGACUGUAACACUCGCAAGGACUUUCGCGUUUUAAGUUACGUUUGGGGCAGUGGUUUUAUGUAAAGGGAGACAUUUGAUUUGAUCAGGGGAAGUUGACAAUAUAUGCCUGCUGUUCCAAAGACGAUCCCUCCACACUUCAAAAGUUUUUGAUGGACUCUCAAAAUGGCAUUGUUAAGAAAUCUCAAUCUGUUUUAAAGAAAUUGCUGUGGAUUACAACAACGCCUUUCUAGAGUGCCUUUGGAGAACAAAUUGUACAUUUUGUGCGGUUUUGUUGCGUCUUCGUUCAGAGCCCUAUUUCUGUAGUUGGAGUGCAGAGCUACCUUGCCAUGGAUCCCCCUCUCCUCCGUUGAUGCUCUUUUCUCCUGGGCUUCAGAGACGGAGACUGAGCAGCCGAUGAAAUCUUGCAACAUGCACAUCUUUUAGAUGCACAUCUGAUAUUUUUCAGCAACAAUAUUAUUUUUACCUCCUGAGAACAGCCAGCGUCUCGUCAAAAUCGAGGUUUGUGGACCACUACCUUCCUUCAAAUAACACUUCGACGGGUAGGGGUUAGGUUGACAGCGGGCUUGUUAUUAAUAUUUCAUCAAUAACUGUUUGAUGUAAACUGCUAAGGCGUACACAAGACUAUUUUCCUUGCUGUAAAGGCCGAGCGGUGUCUGUGAAAGGGCCGCAGAACACUAACUUUCUUCCCGAGCAGUGCUUUUCCUGUAAAGAUAGAGGUGGACAUUUUUGGCACUGAUGACUGAGUCGAUGGCACUGAGUGGGAACUGUCAGACUCAGCCGACGACCAAAGAACAGGGGUCUGUUGUGAAUAGUUUCCCUGAAGUCGUUGAGCUAAAUGUUGGGGGACAGGUUUAUUACACUCGUCAUUCGACGUUAAUCAGUCCCCCGAAUUCCCUCUUGGGAAAAAUAUUCUCCUCUAGAAAGGAUCCGUCAAAUGAUCUAGCCAGAGACCCUAAAGGGCGUUACUUUAUCGACAGAGAUGGAUUUCUAUUUCGUUAUGUAUUAGACUACCUCAGAGAUAAGCAAGUCGUUCUCCCAGACCAUUUCCCAGAAAAAGGAAGGUUGAGGAAAGAGGCGGAAUACUUUCAACUGCCAGACUUAGUAAAGCUUUUAUCCCCUGAAGACUUGAAACACAGUCCGGAUGAAUACUGCCACAGUGAUUUUGAAGAUGGGUCACAGGGCAGCGACCUACGGACGUGCCCUCCACCGUCGCUGGUGCCAGCUGACCGAAAGAGUGGCUUCAUUACUGUCGGUUACAGAGGCUCGUGCACAAUGGGGAGAGAGAGUCAGACCGAUGCCAAGUUUAGGAGGGUACCGCGGAUUUUGAUAUGCGGGAGGAUUGCGCUGGCAAAAGAAGUUUUUGGUGAGACGUUAAACGAGAGCCGAGACCCAGACCGGACACCGGACAGAUACACGUCGAGGUUCUACCUGAAAUUCAAACACCUCGAGAGAGCUUUCGACAUGCUGUCAGAGUGCGGCUUCCAGAUGGUCGCCUGUAACUCGUCGGUCACAGCAUCCUUCGUCAAUCAACACACCGAGGACAAGAUCUGGUCAAGUUACACAGAAUACGUCUUCUACCGUGGCCUUUCCCGGUGGUCCUCCCCUCUGUGCGACUGCUGCUGCAAGAACCACAAGGGGGACGGCGAGGGCGAGAGUGGCACCUCCUUCAACGAUCUCUCCACCUCCAGCUCCGAUAGCCAGUCGGAGGCCAGCUCACCGCAGGGCACCGUCAUCUGCGGGCCAGUGAGCCGGGGCGGGAGCGGAGGCGGUGGCCCGCCACCCAAACAGCAGGGGCCGCCACCACCACCGCAGCACCACCGCCCUCACCUGCACCACCACGUCGUGCAGACGCUGGACCGGCCGCACAAGAAGGGGCCCGUGGCCACGCUGCAGCAGUCAGAGCAGCGGCGCAAGAGCGACCUGCUGCGCACGCUGACGGCCAGCUCGCGCGACACCAGCACCAGCAAGAAACGGCCCGCCAAGGAGGCCAAGAUGACCAUCGAGGAGGAGCUGGGGAAGUGCAUCGACGACUUCCACAAGAUCAAGAUCCCCGAGAGGUUCCCAGAGAGGAAGUACAUGUGGCAGGCCGACCUGCUGCGCAAAUAUGAAGAUUGAAAAAGAAAAUGAAAGAAUAUUUAAACUCGCGAGCACUUAGACUGUACUGUAUGUGUGUGUGUAUGUACGUAUGUAUGUUGGGUAAGCAUUACUACUGCCUCAGAAUGUCUUCGUCCCAAUGUGCGGUCAUCGAAAGGUUGUUGGAGAAAACACUCUUCUCCCUGAUGAACAGGUGUACUUUCAUCGUGAGCUGGUUGUGCGGUGGAGAGGAGGAGAGAGGCAUUUGUUGUUUUUUUAGCUUUUUCAAAUUUGAAUUUUAGUUUUUCUGUUGU